UUCAGGGCAAGGAGACUCUCCAGAUUCUUUUAAGGAGUUUUGGAGGUUUCUUCUUCAAAGAAACUUGGGAAACUCUUGGUUGCAACGAGUUUGCUUUGCACUGUUUGGGCUAGGUGAUUCAGGUUACCACAAGUACAGUUUUGUAGCAAAGAAGCUAGACAAAAUAGUACUAGAUCUUGGGGCCACAACCAUCAUCGAGAAAGGUCUAGGAAAUUAUCAACACCCAUCAGGUGUAUCUGACUUGAUCCAAGAAACUCUAGAGCCAGGUCAUCAGAGUUAUCACUGCCUCUUACGCUUCAUCUCAGAUUCAAAGGCAAUCCCACGUGACAAUACUCGGCAAACCUAUGAUCCAGGUUUGAUGGAUGAUUUAUAUGGGAAUGUACAACAACAUAACUCAUUUCAUGCAGCAAGAAACUUGGAUCAAAGAUCAAAGACAGACUGCUCAGCUAAAUCAUACUUCAAUCAAGCCGUUGCAGCAUCUCCUGAUUACUGCUCAAGAUCAUCAUUCAUGUACGUUUUGGCGUCGACGCAUAUCUUGCAAGCUUCACAUGUGCAGUUCUUUCGGGAUGUUGAAGAGGAAGCAGAUGGAGAGGAGGUGAAGGAAGAGAGACAGAAAGAAGUAAUUGUGCCUCAACCUUCUCGAAUGAAUUUCUUUACCGGACGUUUCCUAAUACGGCCAUGUCUUAGAUUGUGGUCUCGGCAUCUCCAACCAGUUGUUUUGUUUAUUUUAUAGAUUUAGAUAUAAGUGCAACGUCUAUGAUCGAGCUAACUCUUUUGUCUAAUGUGAAUUCUUUAAUGCUGCCUCUCUUUAUUGAUGUUUUCUCUUUUCAAUUUUAGAAUUUUCUUUGUUGUAUUAACACCACUGGAUUAAAAAAGAAAAGACUUGGAGUAAAA